GCCCCGCACCCCGGGGCGACGGGGCCCUGGAGGGGAAAAGGCCCCGCGGGAAGGCUAGGGGUCCUGGGAGAAGGUUCGGGCGACCUCCGAGCACGCUUCCGCCUUCCCCAAUCCUCGCGGAUAAAGCCCCCGCCCCGGCGCCGCCGAGUCCUGGGGACACCUGGCGGGAAGGACGUAGGACCGCACUCAGGUGCUGGGGCGGAGGCGAGGGAGAAGCUGGCUGCGGAGCGCAAACUUGGGGCCGCCCGCAGGUGCACCUCCAGGCUUCUGCAGAGAGAACCCCCCGGCAAAGAGAGUGGAGACCUCAGCUUUAUAGGAAGUGCACAGAUACGACAUGGCUAUUCCUGUUCUUUCUCUUUUGGACUGGUUUGAUGUUCAUCACAGGCUACUCGGUGGCGGCAGGCGCCACGGGCAGACUUCUCUUUGGCUACGACAGCUUUGGCAAUGUGUGUGGCAAGAAGAACUCCCCAGUGGAAGGGGCCCCUCUUUCAGGGCAGGACAUGACGCGAAAAAAACAUGUGUUCUUUAUGAAUUCCUGCAACCUGGAAGUCAAGGAUGUGAGGCUCAACUCCACCAUCCUCUGCGUGUCCAGAUGUCCCGAAGAGCAGCUCAGUACCCUGGAAGAAGUCCAGCUCUUUGCAGACAACAAUGGGUCCUUCCUGUGUGUUUAUAGUUUGAAUUCCAUCAACUACACCCAGAAUCCAAAUGCAUACUCACUGUGCCCCAGGCUACCAGUUCCUCCAAGCAAGUCUUUCCCCUUGUUUAACCGAUGCAUCCCUCAAACGCCUGAGUGCUAUUCCUUGUUUGCAUCUGUUUUGAUAAAUGAUGUCGACAUCCUCCAUCGAAUUCUAAGUGGAAUAAUGUCAGGAAGAGACAUAAUCCUCGGCCUGUGUAUCUUUGCAUUAGCCUUGUCUUUGGGCAUGAUGGUCACCUUCCGAUUCAUCACCACCCUCCUGGUUCACAUUUUCAUUGCACUGAUUAUUUCGGGACUGCUGUUUGUCUGUGGUGUCUUAUGGUGGCUGUAUUACGACUAUACCCAUGACCUCAGCAUAGAACUGGACACAGAAAGGGAAAAUAUGAAGUGUUUGCUGGGGUUUGCUGUUCUAUCUACAGUAAUCACGGCAGUUCUGCUCAGCUUGAUUUUUGUCCUCAGAAAGAGAAUAAAAUUGACAGUUGAACUUUUUCAAGUCAUAAAUAAGGCCAUCAGCAACUCUCCUUUCCUGCUGUUCCAACCACUAUGGACUUUUGCCAUCCUCAUUUUCUUCUGGGUCUUCUGGGUAGCUGUGCUGCUGAGCCUGGGGACUGCAGGUAAGAGCAUUGGGUUCCAUCACCUCGGAGGUGGGCACGGAAGACCCCGCCAUUUUAGAGCCAUUGACCUGCUUUCAUGGGGACCAAAUUCCCCUGCAAUGAGGCGUGUCCGAUGACGGUGGUGAUGGUGCCAGGGGCUCUGUCAUGGAGGAAAGCAGGAAAACCCUUUUCCUCUUUUACACUGGCAUUAAAGAAACUGGGUUUGUUUCAAGAGAGGAUAAAUUCAGUAAGGACUGAAAGAGCUUUCAGAAAAACUACAAUAUGAACAAAAGCCUCUAGAAAGAAGGAUUCAGAUUUUAUCCACGGCAAUUUUCCAACUCCUCUCACAUCAGUGAUCAAGAAGAUCGCCCUAUUAAAAAUGUGUUGUGCCCAGCAGAGCCAGCUUACGUUUAAAGCAAGUGCACAUGGUCACAUUGCUUAGGUCCUGAGAAGACAAUCCUGAAUCCCACCCCCCACCACGUCCUGUUAUCUCUAUACAGUGGUUUUCCACCAGAGGGAUUCCUCAGAAUCAGCUUUAUUAAAAUACAGUUGCCUGGGCCCCCUCCUCAGAGAU